GAGGCAGUCGUGUGUUUGUCUGACUCUUAGCUGUUCCUAUGUUUCUCUUCGGGAACUCCAUGCUUGACUUUACCUUUUUGCCGCUCUGGACUCUGACUAUAUGUUUAAGUACGGCUGUCUGGACACCCUUAAAAGGUCAGCCUCGUGUGAUCGGGUCACUUCAGCCAAUCAUCGCUGCUCCGGGUGAUGACGUCAUCCUGCCGUGCCACCUGGAUCCUGCUUACAAUGUGGAGGAUCUGACGGUGGAGUGGUCGAAGCCAGAUCUCAAGCCCGACCCCUCUGAUCGUCUGAGCCGGGUCGACUACGUGCACGUUUACAGGGACGGACGUGAAAACCUGGACAUGAAGCUCCAGUCGUACUUCGGCAGGACGAUGCUGUUCACAGACAAACUGAAACGUGGAAACAUUUCUCUGAAGAUCACCAACGUGACGCCGGCUGAUGGAGGGAGAUACAAAUGUUUCAUCCCCAAGUUAAACAGCCAAGUGAAGGAGUCGAUUAUUCUACUUAUUGUUGAUCCAAACUUUGUAAAAUCCUCGACGACAGAGACGCCGCUGCUUCCCACAAAUGUCCAAACUCCUGAUCCAAAGGAGGAGACUCAUGUUAAAGGUGGUCGAUCCCGUCUGGGCAUUUGGACCCUGGUUGUUUUCUGCAUCUUACUUGUCCUCAGUGGUGGAGUCAGUGGACAUUUUCUUAAACACAAGCUUAAAAAACUAAAUAUCAGGGAUUCAGACCAGCAUCACCUCCAGCCACAAGUGGAUCCACUGGAUCAGCAGGAGGGAGCUCUUCAUGAUGGACACAGAUUACCAUCAGAAGGAAAAUGAACAUCAUGCUGUUUUGAAGAUGACUUGAAACUAGGGACUCAUUAGUAAAGUCUUUACUGAGGUAAUCAAUCAGGUGACAAAUAGGCUCAUUUUACUAUUGAUUUCUGUACAAUCUGCCUUUUUUUGCAACCAGUGGCGUUGCCCCCUGCUGGACGUUAGAAAUCAAUAAGAAUGUAUUCACAGAGCACUUUAAACAUCCAAAUAGGAGACAAAGUGCUGUACAGAAAUGUAAAUAAGAGACUAAAUACAUAGCUCACAUAACGCAGAAUAUACAAGUAAAAACACCAACAACCAUACAAUAAAACAAUAAAAUCAAUACAAUCGAGGGAGGGGGGUAAAAUUCUAAAAAUGUCAACUUCAGGUUUCAAAGGCCAGGGAAAAGAGGUGGGUUUUAAAAACAGAGAGUGAAGAUGUCUGUCUGAUGGGCAGAGGUGGAUCAUUCCACAGUGUAGGAGCUGCAAGAAUAAAGAAAUACAGAUGAAGAAUCA